AUGCGCUCAAUUACAAAGAUUCAGAGACCGACAUCACAUCCUCCUCCCUCCCCCACGCGGCUGCCGCGCUGCCGGCGUCUGCCUGUGACGUGGGGCUCCAGACUGACGUCACAGCACGGUGAAGCCAGUGUCGCCACAUCCCUCGCUUCCUGUGACCCCCGACCCGGCGUGACGUCGGCAGAGCUCCAGCUGGUGGAACGGAGGACUGCGACUCGGACAAACUGUGCAGCUGAUGCGGGGAAGAAGCUGCGGAUUUGUCCACACACUCUGCUGCCGCUGGUGCUACGCGUUCCAGAGGCGGUGGCGGCGCCGCAGGACCCGCCUCCAGAUGAGGCUCCAGCAGACGAGGCUCCAGCAGACGAGGCUCCAGCAGAUGGGGCUCCAGCAGACGACCCGCCGGCGGAGGACAGGGCGAAGUCGGCUGCAAACGCGGCGACGGAGGCGGCGACGGGGAACCACACGGGGGGCAACGACACGUCGCCCGUGCCGCCGGACUGCGAGACCGAGUGCGACGACUGGAAGUUCGAGAUCCUGGCCAAGUGCGACGGCGAGCUGAUCGGCUUCGACAACCUCUGCCACUACUACAACCACAAGUGUGUCCACUACGAGGCCGCUCUGCUGGCGCUGGUGCUCCGCGUUCCAGAGGCGGCGGCAGCGCCGCAGGACCCGCCUCCAGAGGACGCUCCAGCAGACGAGGCUCCAGCAGAUGGGGCUCCAGCAGACGACCCGCCGGCGGAGGACAGGGCGAAGUCGGCUGCAAACGACCCGCCGCCUCCAUACCAGGUCGACGGCGAUCCAGCGGAUUCGCUGAAGGCGGCGACGGAGGCGGCGACGGGGAACCGCACGGAGGGCAACGACACGUCGCCCGUGCCGCCGGACUGCGAGACCGAGUGCGACGACUGGAAGUUCGAGAUCCUGGCCAAGUGCGACGGCGAGCUGAUCGGCUUCGACAACCUCUGCCACUACUACAACCACAAGUGUGUCCACUACGAGGCCGCUCUGCUGGCGCUGGUGCUACGCGUUCCAGAGGCGGCGGCAGCGCCGCAGGACCCGCCUCCAGAGGACGCUCCAGCAGACGAGGCUCCAGCAGAUGGGGCUCCAGCAGACGACCCGCCGGCGGACGGCAGGGCGAAGUCGGGUACAAACGACCCGCCGCCUCCAUACCAGGUCGACGUCGAUCCAGCGGAUUCGCUGAAGGCGGCGACGGAGGCGGCGACGGGGAACCGCACGGAGGGCAACGACACGUCGCCCGUGCCGCCGGACUGCGAGACCGAGUGCGACGACUGGAAGUUCGAGAUCCUGGCCAAGUGCGACGGCGAGCUGAUCGGCUUCGACAACCUCUGCCACUACUACAACCACAAGUGUGUCCACUACGAGGCCGGUGAGCGCUGA